GCUCAGCUCUUGAUAUUAAUCACGCGUGCACAUGAUCAGACAGAGUGCGCGUGUCUGAGCAGCUCGCGCACUUAUAAUGAAAACAGAGCUACAGUGAUGGAGUUUAGAGAGCUGGGAGCAGACGAGAGCUCGGAAGGAGAACCGGAGGAUUUAGACAGUGUGAAAGCUCUGACAGAGAAACUCAAACUCCAGACACGCAGACCAUCAUACCUGGAGUGGAAAGAGCGACUACAGACGCGUCCGUGGACCACAAAUCCGGCAAAUGUCAGCUCAGCAUCUGUGGAGAAAGACACGAAUCUACCCGACAUCUGGAAAGAUGGGAUGCCUCUUAAAAACAUAUGCGGCUUUGAUACGAUAGACGACGCUUUGGAAUGGCUCAGAAACGAGCUGAGAGAGAUGCAGAUGCAGGAUAACCGCCUCGCACGUCAGUUGAUUCGCCUGCGGGGAGAGAUCCACAGGCUGAAGGUGGAGCAGGUGUGUCACCGUCACAAAGAGAUGCUAGAUGAUGCCACGUAUGAGCUGGAGGAGUGUGAAGAAGAAUCUGAUCUGCUGUGUGACAUCCCCAUGAAAGCCGCCUUCGCUCUGUCCACCCCUCUCAAACAUCUCGGCCUCACCAAGAUGAACCUCAACUCCAGACGAUUCUCCCUCUGUUAAGAUGAUGUGGAUGUUCCUGUAGCUCGGUUGUUUCAUGGGUUUGAUUCCCAGGGAAUGUACUGAUAAAAUGUAGCUGGGAUGCACUGCAAGCUGCUUUGGAUAAAAUCAUCAGUUAAAUGGAUAAAUGUAAAUGAUCCUCACUCCGCACACAGUUUUAGUAGAUUUCUGUAAAUGUUUUCUUCACAUUAAAGUCUUGUAGCUUGCUUGGGAGAACAUUUUUCUAUACUCAUCAAAGUGGACGCAACGCAGGCCUGUUAAUAAAAACAUGUUUGUGUAUAUAUAAAAAUAUGUGAACCAUGUGAGAAUCAGGAGGAACCUGCUUCAAUGUCACAAGCCUUGUAAUUGGCACACAGUAGCAUCAGUGUCCCUGACUGCUCCGGGGAGGAAAAACUCCCGAACGGCAGUCAUGCGGGAAGUGCAAGUUUGUAUACAGGCAUUCUGUCUUAUCUCUUAAACCCAAAAAUAACCACACUGGAAAUGUUCAGAGAUGCAACAAGCGGCUAAUCUCAACCUUUGUUAUAUUCAGCUCACUGUUCGCAGAGGCAGUAGGUCGAAAAUAUCUUGCAGUUUUAGUUGCGAGAUCAGGGAACUUUGUACUCGGGAUUGGGAAACUUUCAUUGACACAGUGAGAUUAAAAUGAGUUUAGCUUAUUUCCACAGAGCAGCCCAGUAUUGCUCAGUAUAUGUUAUUAGGAGCGCUGGACAUUUAGUAUUGACUUUUGGGCAUGUAAUAAAGUUCCUAUGCAGCCCAUUCUCAUGAAAUGCGUAUAAAUAGCACGCAGUUGAAAAGUCGUGCAACACAUAUGGCAUAUUCCUAUUUUGUGUGCAUAUUAUACGCCAGUCCUUCCCGUUCACUUUAUACGCCACAUCUUUUUGUGUCUUUUUAUUUAUUGGUUUCUCAUUUGUUUUCUGUUUUUUAAAGCAAGUUUUUGUUUCAUAAAAUGACAUCCUAACCCAAACCCCAAUUCUAACCCCAACUCCAAGUGACCAUGGUUUAAAAAUAGACAAAACAUUUACAUUAUAUGACAUCCUAAAGCAAAUCAUUUCGUUUGUCAUUUGUUCAAUUAUGUCAUUUUUAAUGCAAAGAUGACAUUGUUUGAGAUGUCUUUGUUAUGACAACUUGACAUUAACUAAUACAUCAUAACUUGUUAUGACAACUUUACAUUACCAAGACAACAUAACUGACCACUUUUUUCCAGUGAUACAAAAAUUGAAUUUGUUAUUAAAAUGUCAUUAAAGGUGCAGUGUGUAAAUAUUAGCGGCAUCUAGUGGUGAGGUUGCGAAUUGCAACCAACGGCUUAGUCCACUGCUCACCCCUCGCUUUUGAAACAAAUAGAGAAGCUACGGUAGCCGCCACCGGACAAACAUGUCAUCGUUGGAGACAACUU